CAUUUCUCACUGCAGAUAGAGUAUGAAUGUGAAUCUAAGGAAUGAAGGUGAGCUCACAGUUGCGUUAGUUUUACAGUCCAAGGUCCUUUCUUCAAAUCCUUUGCAACUGACAGCAAAUGUAAAGAAGAGGAGGACUGACAUCGGGAUGAAAUGAAAUGAUUCAAAAUGAAUACAGGAAUCAUGGAUUAUGGUCGACAGCUUUUCGGCUUUGGCACGUCUCAAGAGACUAAGUACCAUGGUUUGCUCAACCAAGGAGCGACGUGUUACUUGAACAGCGUGCUGCAGGUGCUGUUCAUGACCAAAGAUUUCAGAGAGGCUGUUGAAAGGCACAACCCCGAAAACCCUGACACCGAGUUUAUUGAUUGUGAUCUUAAAGCGUUGUUUGAUGACUUAAAGGUCCGAUCAGCAUACACCUAUAGCAUCACAAAGAAGCUGCGCAUUGACAGAGUGUAUGAACAGCGUGAUGCUGCUGAGUACUUUGAGAAGAUUUUAAGACUGACCAGUCCUGAGGUUUCACAGAUCUUCCACGGACAGCUGACACACAGGACCAUAUGCUCUGCAUGUGAUAAAGUCACUGAUGCGAAUGGGCCAUUUUGGCAUCUUCCUCUGGCGCUGGUGGAUUCCUACAAAGGACACUACAGUGUGGCACGUGGCAUCGAGGAGUUUUUCAAAGCAUCAAAUAUCUGUGGAGGAAACCAACUGUACUGUGAGCAGUGUGAUGCCAAAGCUGAUGCUACUGUUAAAAGUGUACUAACGCAUCACCCAGAGGUUUUGAUGCUGCUGCUGAAGAGGUUUGAGUUUGACUACCAAUACAUGGCAUAUGUCAAAAGAAACUGCGUCGUAGAUGUUCCCUACAUCCUACACAUCCCAGAGAAUCAGACAUAUGAGCUGUACGCGUUUGUGGAGCACUCUGGUGAUCUUAGAAGUGGACAUUACACUGCAACAGUCAAGUCCCAGGAUGAUGACAGAUGGUAUAAGUUCAAUGAUACCAGUGUCACAUUGCUGAACUCCCAGCCGUACCAGGUGGACAGCUCUGAGAAAUCCCGCACAGCUUAUCUUCUUUUUUACAGGAAAAAGACAACCCAUGUUGCAGAUUCUUGCACUCCAGAGCUCAGGGAUGGAGGUUUCCCACCUGCGAUCAGUGACAACUAUGUCCAGUGUCAAGGUGUUGAAAAGAUUAGUGAGCGAGGGGAGGAUGAGGAGGCAGCAAAGAAAACAGGACUUAGAGACAUGGUCUGUGUUGGGAGAGGACCUCACCUCAUCUGUAGUGUAGAUGAUCAGGACAACAAAGAUGAUGUCAGACAGAGAAUACCAGACAAUGAGGACAAGAGAGGACUGCUCCCGACAGAAACUCAACCUAAAGAGAGAGGAGAAGAUCAGAUCUACGACGCCGCAGGAAUGGAUGAUGUUAGACAGAGGACACCAGAUAUUAAUCAUGAUUUUAAACCGAGAGCCGGUGACAGUCACGCAAGACAUGAUCACCUCAGCAAACAAGGUGACAUGAGCAAUGAACAGAGGAGACAAAUGGUUGACAUGACAGACAUGGAAGCACAGCAGUCCAACAGGGUUGCAAAGCAUCAGGACCAUGAAGGAUCUGGUGAUGUGAGACGCAUCCAUGAACAUGAGGGAGGUAAACAGGAAGUUAGACAACAUUAUGACCCUCAGCUUGGUAGUCUGGGCAAAAAGGGAGAUGAGGAGAGGGUGGGCGUAGAUGUUAAAAAUGAUGAAGAGGGAAAGACUGUAGAGCACAAGAGAGGAGAUUAUGAGGAUGCACAGAGAAAAGGAACAUCCAGGACCAAACCUUGCAUUAGUAAAGAUUUGGAGAAUGAGGACAAGAGAAGAUCAGGUGAUACAGGCCAUACGUCAGAGUCAGACUGA